GAUUCUACUAUGAGUACUUCCUCCGAGAUCGUUUCACUCACACUGGAUUUAUUGCAGCAUCAUAAGGAUGGUAACACAUACCUCGUAUUGGCCCUUAUGCCAAAUUUUCGAAUCUCCUCGCUGCCUCUCAUCCACUUCGUCUUUGGACUCACGUUAUUCAAAUUAGGCCGCAUUGGAGGUGCAUUGAGAGAGGUUUCGCUAUCCAUUGAAUUGGAAGAUGAUCUUGAAGAACGUGAAAAAUAUAUACGCCAUCUCAUGAAGUUUUUCAAAAAACUUGGAAUGUUGGACGAGGCUGUUUCGUGCUUUGGGGAGAUUAUCGAAAUGAAGCAACAACUAGGAAGAAUCGACGAAGCUCAAAGGGAAAGCUUUAAUAAAUUAGUGGAGUGCAAGGAGGAAAUCCCACCUCUUCACAUACAAGCAGAAAACUACUCUCAGUCUGUUGAAUUACCCAGUCCCUCUCUUAGCUCAAAGUGCAUUCAAAUACACAAAUACAUACAGACUUCAAUUCAGUGUCUACAGGAAUCAAAAACCACCUCUGAAGUUCUCAAUCCAAUUUUUCAUGCAAUUAUUCUCAUGGGUCCCAACUAUCUAUUCGGUGAUCUAUUGUAUCAUGAGGCUAUACUAUAUGCAUUCUUGGAAAAUGAUUUGUUAAGCUUUCCAGAAAUUGACUACCGAAUGGGUCCAAAAACUCUUCUUUCCCAAUUAAAAACGUGGAGCUAUAAGUCGAUUACAAGUCCAAAAUCAAUUUUGUUAAUUUGUGAAACUUUUGUCAAGCACAAGACUAUUAGAGGAUACAUAAAUUAUUUCAAGAAAAAUUACGAACUGGCCAUAGAGGAUUUCCAAUGGGUAAACAGAUUUGUUGCUGGAGUAAAGGCAAAGCUAAGACUUGCGGCUGGAAACAUAUUUUUAUCUAAAUCAACAGAAAGAGUUGCACUUAUGUACACAUGCCUUAGCUACAUUCAAGUACCCUCUUCAAAUGAAGUUCAAUUACAAAGCACACUUUCGAGAAUGUCUUACUUGGAUUAUUCCUUCCCUCAAGAGUUCCUGAGUGGCCGCCUUGGUAACUUCUUCUUGUGUUGUGGUAAAGUAUAUGAGAGACUCUCAUAUACCAGAGGAAGCUGGAUCAAGAUUGAAAAUGAGAAUAGUAUGCAAGCUAAUUUUGCAUUCAAGUACGAUAGUGAUGCUAUUAUCGAAAUGGUACGAAAAUACAUUCUUGUGACAACAUCCAGUUUACCGGACGACCCAAUAGUACUUCAAGCCUAUGACAGAAUUCUUUGGGGAAUUCUUCUUCAUGGAGGACUCCACUUAAAUUGUUUGUGGUUUUUUAUAACACUCAAAAACUACUUUCUAUUGGAACUAGACUAUGGUCCGCUACAAGUUACUAAGGAACAUGAUAUUAGAUUGUUUGACGACGAAGAUGUUUUAGGAAAAUACGAAAAUGGAUGGGAACUAAUUUUUCAAGCAUGGGAACUCGAAAAGGAAAUGCUCUAUCUGGAGAAAAAGCAGGCUACCCUUCACAGCUUGUGGGAGUAUCCAAGAACUAACAAAUUCCUCUUGCCUAAAAUAUUUGAGUACGAAUCUACCUUAUUAAUGGUUGAAGCAACAUUUGAUGGAGGUACAGAUGAGUCUUUUGCACGCUGUCUGAAAUAUCUGGUCAAGCCAAUGUUGAAAACUUGUUUGAAUAAGAUUAAAGGUGCAAAUGUUUUUGAAGAAAAUACAGAGAAAAGCAAAGAUUUUGUUCGGCUUUGGUUUGCUUCUUACAGGGAUAUAUAUGGUGUUUGGCCAGAUAUUGUG